AACACGUAUUUGGAAUUAGCUAAUGGAAUUAGUUUUCAUUGAAGACUUGGAUGGAUGGCAAAACAAGUUAAAACUUCAAAACAUCGACAUCAAGGUUUAUCUUAAUUCUACGGUAUCACCAGUCCCACUGGUAAUUCGCUGAAAAAAGAAAUUAUGAAAAUGCCAUCUGUCAACCAGUAAAUUACCCAUUGUAUUAGAGCAAUGAUAGAGAAGGUCACUCAUAGUAGUAAAUCAAUUUUACUGACGCGCUUGCGUAUCACCAUGCCUAUACCCAAACAGUACACAGUGGGUUGUGAUGCUGUAAGCAAAGAAAAAACUUCGCGACUUCAAAUUUUGUCCAUCGACUCAUCGUGAUACAACGUCAUAUUUGAAUUCGAAUCGGACUGAAAAAUAAAGCGCCGGGUGGCAACAUUCAUUGUGAUCAAUACCCAAUAUACCAAGAAGUUGAUGUCUCAAAAGCGAAAACUGAAAGACGGGAGUACUGAAGGAUAUUAACAAUCCAGCCGCAAACCAGUUUCAUAUUGACAGCACUGGUGAGACAAGGAAUUAGUAGGUGCUAAAUGCUUCGAGUGCGUUAGUUCUCACUCAAACAUCAGAGAUUUGAAGAGGCGACCAAGUAAGCCAAACAAACCAUGGUCUACAUAGUUUUGAUCAUUUGCAAACAAACUAAUCACAGAUUUUGUUGGACAGACGGAGUAAACAGAGCAACAAAACCGUAAAAAGUGAAAUGAGCGAAAUUAGAAUUUCAGAUAUUUAACAAAACCAGCUGCCUCCAACCAACACCCGCAGUGGUAAGUUAUGAACGCUUUCCCAAGUCACUGAGAGACUCUAGACAUAUUCCCCUAUUCCUUGACUUGGCACAGCAAGGCUAUGCGAUUUUGGUGUUGGCACUUAUCAUACCAUUUCUGAUCAGACCGGAAAUGUCUAAUAGAGAAAACACUAUUAAUAGUGAUGAUAUCAAAAUAACAGAAAAUCCCUAUGAAGGCACAGGAGAAAGAUGGACAUUAGAAAGGGAUUCGGGCGAUCUAGUCGACAAUGAAUAUGCAUUCACGUGUCCGUCUUUUGAAAGAGAAAAAAAUAAUUCAGAUGGAGGCGAGGUUUUGCUAGGCAAAGACGAGACGUGUGAGGCUGGAAUCGAGAAGGAUGGCAUGAGUAAUGAAUGGGAAAAUGGUGUGUUACGUGAGAAGUGUAACUCAUUCGAGCAAAAUUCAAGAAGCACCUCUAUAGAAAAAAAGACAUUACCACCCGAUAAGAAGCAUCAUUCACGCGAAAGCAGUGUCUCACGGAAAUCAUGGGGAACCCCUCGAAACGAAAGAAGUGGCUCCCUACAAAGUAGCGUGUUUUCACAAGAGGGAAGACCACGUGAUAAGAGGAGUGGAUCGGGUGAAGAAAGAAGCAAUCGAGGGAAAAGUCAGUCACGUGAUGAGAGAAGUGAGCGAAGCACGCUGAUACGAGGAAGAAAUAGAUCGCGUGAUAGGAGAUGUAAUGGAUGGCGAAUCGGAUCACGUGAUAGCAGAAUUAAGAUACGGGGAAAAAGUGAAUCGCGCGAUAGAAGGUGCAGGCCAAGUAAGCAAAGGUCACGUGGAAGCAGGACACCGAAUCGAAGAAGAAAUGGAUCAAAUGAUAGGAGAAGUAGGUCAAGUGAUAGAAGUACUCGAAGUAGAAAGCGAAGUAGGUCACCUGAAAAGAAUACACCUAAUCAAGGGGAUAUCACAUCUCCUGAUAGGCGAAGUAGAUCACGCGAUAAUAGUACAUCAAAUCAAAGGAAAUGUAGAUCACGUUACAGAAUUGGGUCACGUGACAAGAGGAAUGGAUCAUGUGAGAGUAGUACUCUAAAACAAGGGAGAAAUGGAUCACGUGAUACCAGAAGUAGGUCACGUGACAGAAUUGAACCGAAUCAAAGGAGAAAUGGAUUACGUUAUACAAGAAGUAGGUCACGUGGUAGGAGUAUACAAAAUCGAGGGAGAAGUGAAUCAAGAUCAAGAAGUAGGUCACGUGAGGCGAGAAAACAAAGUCGAGAGAAAAGGUCACGUGGUAAGAAGAGUAGGUCACUUAAGAGAAGUAUUCUAAAUCAAGGAAGAAGUAGGUCGCGUGAUAAAAGUGAACUGAAUCGGGGGAGAAAUGGGUCACGUGAUAAAAGAAGUAGAUCACGUGAUAGAAGUACACAAAAUCGAGAAAAAAGUGGGUCACGUGAUAAAACAAAAAGUAGGUCACGUGAUAGAAGUACACAAAAUCGAGACGGAUAUGGGUCACGUGAUAAGAGAAGUAGAUCACGUGAUAGGAAUACACAAAAUCGAGAAAGAAGUGGAUCACGUGAUAAAACAAAAAGUAGGUCACGUGAUAGAAGUACACAAAAUCGAGACGGAUAUGGGUCACGUGAUAAGAGAAGUAGAUCACGUGAUAGGAAUACACAAAAUCGAGAAAGAAGUGGAUCACGUGAUAAGAGAAGUAGAUCACGUGAUAGGAAUACACAAAAUCGAGAAAGAAGUGGAUCACGUGAUAAAACAAAAAGUAGGUCACGUGAUAGAAGUACACAAAAUCGAGACGGAUAUGGGUCACGUGAUAAGAGAAGUAGAUCACGUGAUAGGAAUACACAAAAUCGAGAAAGAAGUGGAUCACGUGAUAAGAGAAGUAGAUCACGUGAUAGGAAUACACAAAAUCGAGAAAGAAGUGGAUCACGUGAUAAGAGAAGUAGAUCACGUGAUAGGAGUGCAAAAAAUCGAGGAAGAUGUGGGUCACGUGACAAUACGAGUAGUAGGUCACGUGAGAGGAGAACACUAAGUCGAGAGAAAAGGAGGUCACUUGAUAAAAGUCUGAAUCGUGGGAGAAAUGGGUCACGUGAUAAAAGAAGUAGAUCACGUGAUAAAAGUACACAAAAUCGAGAGGGAAGCGAGUCACGUGAUAAGAGAAGUAGAUCACGUGAUAGGAAUACACAAAAUCAAGAGGGAAGUGAGUCACGUGAUAAGAGAAGUAGAUCACGUGACAGGAGUACACAAAACCGAGGAAGUCGGACACGUAGAAAGAGUAGAACACAUGAGAGAAAUAUAAACUCUAGCAUAAAGAGUGAUGAACGGCGCGAAAGUAAAACUGAAUCACGUGAAGAAAAAAGUAGGUGGCAAGGCCUAAGCCGAGCUAGAGACACCCAAAAAAUAUACAGGAAUACAACGGAGAAAACUCGAGAAACGCCUAAAAAUAAAUCAAAUGGAUAUCGUAGGCGAUGCCUCGACAAAAACAAGUUAUAUAAAGCAGAUGACGGAGACGACACUCGGUUUCGAUCGAGUGUUCAAGGAAGACAGCAAAUGCGAAACAAUGUGAACUGGAGACUGCCGCUAAGAGCCCAAGCCAGGCAUUCGCGGCUUGUAAGAGAACAUGAAGUGCAUCCUGAGUGGAAAAGGUACGACAUGGCUAUACAGAUGCCGUAUCAGGGUUACGCCGACAGCCAGGUACAUUCCCUACUAGCCCAUAUGUGCGAAGAUUAUGUAGAGAAGUUAUGCGCCAGCAAUCAGUCAGCGGAUGUUAUAAAUUGCGACGACGAGAGGCUACGUCACAGAGCUUGGUUCCCGGAUGUUAAGGACUGGUUAUUAGUUGGAAAAGACAAAGUCCAUGAUGAGGCCAAAGUUUCUUUUACUGAAGAAGGAAAAUCGGCUGACCUGAUUUGGUAUUCCAUACCAAAAUGCCUAUCUGCUUGUAACGCAAACAAAAUAGAAGCACCUUACGUAAAAGCCUCCCCUGAUGAGUUUAAUCGAGAUGUAGACCUUUUUCAUGCUUCAUCCCCACCAGAGCUGCACAGUGCAAAGACGGAAAAACACAUCAAUGCAGAAUUGAAGAGCGACGAUACUUUGUAUGGAAAGGGUUCCACAGUCGGUCAAUUCCCUGUUCCAUUCCUUUUCCAAAUGUUUCCACGCAAACACUUGCCAGAAGCUAACACGUUCAGCACACGCGGCAAAGGAAGCCACUCAUUCCAACGUGCAGUUAUAGAUAGCGAAGUUCGCACAGUCACAUGUCUGUCACGUCCUACGCACGUGGCCACUGACGUCAUAUGCCUUCAUUACGAUGAGACGGUGACGUCACCGAGUUGUGUUAUGUGCAUUGACUUUAAACCAUCGUCACCUGGAGGACUUUACUCGACUUAAAAAAGUCCAUAGGGUUAAAUCAUUCCAGGCCCCCGACAAAAAGGAAAAAAACAUGAGCGAGCAUGUUCAUCACCCCGCUUUUUUUUACACUAUUCCAAGUAACUUUGGAGAAUCCAUGUAUCGUAACCCUUACCUCGUUAGUGUCAAACAAAGUGAAUCCAGGUUUAAAAACUGCUUAGUACCUUUAUUAUAAAUGGCGCAAGCCCCCGCCAGUAUUGAAGGGCACGCGUCUUGCCAGCAAUACUGGCGCGGUUUGCACAGGGCUUAUGCAAACAAUGGUUCAUUUGUUUUGUCAAUGCCAUAAUACAGUACAAUAUGGAUUUACGAGAGAACUGUGGGAAUCAAACGAGCUCGUAAACAACGAAAACUUUAAAGCCCCUAUUUAAUGCAUCGUGUACGAACAAGGCAAACCACAUGAUUAAAAAUAUUUUCGAAGA